AUGACUGUCAAGCUGUUCAUUACGGAUCUCAUCAAAAGCGAGCUUUUGACAUACGUUUUCGGUGGCUUGCUGGUGCCCAUGCUCAUUUGGAUUGUUCGCUAUUUCGGCGCAGGCUUUUAUCUGUACCUGUGGGCAUUCGUCCAGAUGCUCAUGUUUGCUUUUAUGUGGAUGUAUCCAAACGUGAUUCAGCCGCUUUUCAAUGAGUUCAGACCAUUGCAGGAUGAGUCGCUCAAGGAGAAGAUCGAGGCAUUGGCUGCAGAGGUGCAGUUCCCUUUGACGAAGCUCUUUGAAGUUGACGGCUCCAAGAGGUCUGGCCACAGCAAUGCAUAUUUCUUUGGAUUUUGGAAGUACAAACGCAUUGUUCUGUACGACACCUUGCUGCAUUUGAAGCACGACGACAUUUUGGCUAUACUUUGUCAUGAGCUAGGUCACUGGAAGUUCGGCCACACGCUAACCAACCUGGUGAUAGCAUCGGCACACAUUUUCGUGCUCUUCUGGCUUUUCGAUUUGGUGAUGUACUCAGAGGUAUCAAAGCAGAUGACCAAGCAGUUCGGGUAUGGUGAUGCGAACGCGGUCAUGGUGUCGCUCAUGCUGUUCAUGCUGCUCGUAAGCCCGACUGAACAGUUGAUGAAUCUGCUCAUGACCAUGCGAAGUCGCCUCAACGAGUUCCAGGCAGACAGUUUUGCUGCAAAAAUGGGCAGAUCAGAUGCCUUGCAGAGUGGUUUGUUCCAGAUACACGAGGAGAACAAGGGCGACUUGAACCCCGAUCCUCUUUACUCUUGGUACCAUUUCUCGCACCCACCGCUGGUCCGGCCUCCCA